CAAUUUCCUGGAAAUUGCUAUCCAAGACUUCCUAUAAAAUAACUAUUUAGUAGUAAUAUUCUGUAUCAUCAAAUCAAAUUGAGUAUAUAAAUUAUAUAUACCCACCCUUUCUCUCACUCACAUUAUUACAAAUUUUUUUCUUUUAUAUAUAAAAAAGGAAAAAACAAAGGGAGAAAACAAAAAGUUCAAUCAAGAACAUUAAUUUCAGUUAAGAAUUGCAUUGAAGAAUGGUAAGAGGUCCUUGCUGUGAGAAAAUGGGACUGAAGAAAGGGCCAUGGAGCCCUGAAGAAGACCAGAUUUUGGUCUCUUACAUUCACCAACACGGCCAUUCUAACUGGCGAGCACUCCCCAAACAAGCUGGGCUACUGAGAUGUGGGAAAAGUUGCAGACUCCGAUGGACUAACUAUUUAAGGCCUGACAUUAAAAGGGGAAAUUUCACCAAAGAAGAAGAAGAAACCAUUUUCAACUUACAUCAAUUGCUUGGUAACAGAUGGUCUGCAAUUGCAGCAAGAUUACCGGGGCGUACAGACAAUGAGAUAAAAAAUGUUUGGCACACCCAUCUCAAGAAAAAGCUUAAGAACUAUCACAAGCCUUGCCAUGACCCAAAGAGCCACACAACUAUUUCAAUUCCCAAAUGCAACCCCAAAGUUUCAAAAAAUUCAAUUUCAGCCAAAGACAUCGUGAGUAGCCCUCAACAAUGUUCUAGUGGAAUGUCGUCCGUCACGGAUUCAUUGAUCGAGAAAAUGGGCGUGAAGAAUGAUGAAGAAAUGGACUACACGUCCGAAUACUCUCCACAAAUCGACGAGAGUUUUUGGUCGGAUGAAUUAUCUAAGGACAAUAUUAUUGUGGAUAAUAUUAGGGACGGAAUUCAGUUCCAAUUUCCAUUAGUGCAAAAUGUGGAGGAUACAAUAAGUGAUGAUAGCAUGGACUUUUGGUACAAUCUUUUUAUCAGAUCUGGGGACAUGCCAGAUUUGCCAGAGUUUUGAAGGCUUUUUGUUUCUAUUUAUAUUUUGGUGAUGUAAUUAGGGAGUUGGGAAUUUUGAUUUGUCUUCGUGAGGGCAUUUUUGACUUGUCAUAAAAUUAAAAUUGAAAUUUGAGUUUGGAGGUGAUGUGAGGAUUUGAGGAAAUGAGUUUGAGUUAGAAAUUUGGUUUUGUAAAUCUAGACUUGUUGGCCAGCGGCGAUUUUCGCUC